AUGCCGCCAUUCCUUUUCCUCCGCUCAUCGAACCCCGCCGCCGCCGCAGUAACAUCACAAACAAACACGACCCUCCCCCCGCCGGGCCUCCCCCUCGGCAUCCCGCCCGCGGACCCCUCCGAGUACAAUGGCGGCUCCGUCAUCCCCGUCGCCGUCGUCGCGGCCGUGCUCUCGACCGCCUUCGUCGCCAUGCGCUUCUACGUCCGCGUCCGCCUCCUGCGCUCCGUCAAGUGGGACGACUGGUUCAUCCUCACGUCGCUCGUCUUCGCCGUCGCCACCAGCGGCGGCAUGAUCGCCCAGCUCAACUACGGCCUCGGCGCGCACCUCCAGUUCGUCUGGGACACCUUCCCGCUCUACGUCCAGGCCGGCAUCUUCACCAACCUGUUCUACUCCGUCUCGCUCACCCUCACCAAGGUCUCCAUCCUCCUGCUCUACAUCCGCAUCCUCACCUACGACCUCGUCCGGCUGCUGGGCAAGGUCCUGCUGGGCGUGGUCCUCGUCUCGCAUACCUGGAUCAUCGUCAGCAUCCUCACGACGUGCAUCCCGCUGAGCGCGGCGUGGGAUUACGACCCCGCCAACCCGCCCGUGUACUGCCACCCGGUGCCCGUGUUCUGGGUGAACGCGAUGCUUCACCUCCUUACGGACUUCAUGAUCUUCAUGCUCCCGCUGCCAGUCAUCUCCAGUAUGAGCCUACCACGCCGGCAAAAGAUGGGUCUCUACUUCGUCUUCUGCCUCGCCUUUCUCGUAUGCGCAAUCUCAAUCACCCGCCUCACAUCCUUCUUCCACACCGACGAGACCCAGGACGAGGUGAUGGACAUCACCUGGUCCGCAGUCCGCAUCGCAAACUGGACCGUCGUCGAAGUCCACAUCGCCAUAGUCACAGCCUGUCUGACGACCCUCAAACCCCUCCUGAGCGCCUUCUUCCCGGCCCUGGUGUCCCCGGCCCCCAUCGCCUUCACCACCGCCGCGGCCGAGGCCCGCCGCCGCAAGGACUUCGAGGACAACUUCACCACCGGCGACCUGGAAGGCUAUCAGCGACCCCUCACCAUCGGGACGAAAUCGAACCGUCCACCAGUGAGGCGGGACACCUUCGCGAGCCUGCGCGACGAAGCUGGCCACGGUAACGGCGGCCGAGGGGAGCGAGUUCAGGCUGCCCGAGGUGCAGCCGCCGUCGCCCUUUGGACGGUUUUCCAGCUGGGCUCGAGGGUCGAGGCUGCAGAUCCCCAUGGUCUCGAGGGGUCCGUCGACGACGUCGAGGCAUGA